AUGUUCCAGAUAGGAACUGCGUAUCCCGGAAGGACUUUGGAGAUCAUAAUAAGAACUACACGUCCUCCUGUGAUCUAUUUCCAUCAGGGCAAGUUGACGAGCUACUCCGUCCUUAUGAAACUGUGCAACAGGAGGCUCACCAUCACAAAGUUGAAUUUCGACAGAGGCGUUGAAUUCUUUGGCUUGAGUGAUGACGAUCUAGGCGGCUUGCGAAAGACAACUAAAACCGCCAUAGAAAAUAUGACAAACGCCGUCUUGACUGCCGGAAUCCAUCUACAGGCUCCGAGUUUAGACCAAGCCCUUCGACUCUCCGCUACUCAUGUUUCUAUUGCACCUGGGCUUCUUCUUCUGCAAGCCAACGUGGACCUCUACAGUUCGUUCUACAAUCGCAACUAA